GAAUGACGUAGUGGGUUACAGCUGAUGGCAGCUUCCUUGGCACACGUGUAUGGAGAUAAUGAGGGAUGCGGGGCAGUGUGCCCGAUUCUACCAGGACCUGGGGCUCAGUUCAGUCUCUUUGGUGGCAUUGAAGCUCGAGGAGUUUGCAAAGGCUUCAGCAAAGCGUUGUAAAGAAAAGUAUCUCGAUGAAGCUAACCAUGGUCUGGAAGGCGCAAUGCAGGCUUUGGGAGACCUCAGUGAGGAAAAUUUCCUUCCAUUACUCUGCUGCAUCUUUGCCUGUCAGAUGGAUUCUUGCAACAGCUCCAGUUUAUUCUUGAGACUUGAGAAGAUAGUAUUGAACAUGUCUCAGAUAAGACCCUGUCUAGUAACACAGCAGAGAGAACUAUUACUGAUGUCCAUUUUGGAGAACAAAAAGGUGCUGCAUGUUGAAGAUCUGCAGGCAGUUUGUAUGUAUUUGGAAGGAAGCCAACCAGGACGGACAUAUUUUACCCAGCACCUACCUGCCUUGCUUUCAAAAGUCUCUGCAACUUUGUCUGCAGUGGUUAAUGAUCAUGUCUCGCAAAGUGCUGAACACACUCAUCUUUCAGUGAAAUUGUGCCUUCAGCUGUUUAGGGAAGUAGCAGAGAAUGUUAGUCCAUUCAUUUGGAAAUCUGCUGAUAUCCCGAACCCCCUUGAAAGCAUUCUGGAAUCCCUUCUUCAUAUAGUUACAAACCAGAAUUUUAGUCGAGAUGUCAGGCUGUUGGCAGGGACAGCUGUGGCCUUUCUUGCAAAUACAGGGCCAAUCAUGGAGUCUGCCGCUCAAGCUGCCAUGAACCUUAUACAGCAGAUGACACAUGGCUAUGGUGAUGUGCAGUUUGGAAUGCUACAUGUGUCUCUCUCUCACCCCCCUGUGGAUAAACUAGGGCUGCUUGCACUGUUACGGGGGCUCCUCACUUGUGGUCGUGAAAACCUUCUUACCUGUGUCUUGCAUUCUCCUUGCCAGGACUUGACUAUGUUGGAGUGCCUUCUUCCUGCCAUAGACUCUCUAUGUGAAGGACAUACUGAGCAGUACUACAGUUUUCAAGUGUUUUGCCUCUGGUUGCAAUGUGUGUGCAAGCAAACCACUACUCUUCACAAAAUCAGAGGAAAGCUUCUGGUGAAAGCCGAGACAGACACCACCUCUGUUGUGACCAGACUUCUGUGGCUUGGAGCUGACAUGCAGGUUGAUGGUAUGCCUGCUCUCAUGCUCAGCUGCUUUCAGCACUUUUUUCACAUUAAUCGUGCAGAGUGUCAGCUCUCAGGAUUAUCUGAGGAAACUGUGCUGCAGGAUGUGAUGACGAAGAUCGGAGAAAUAUCUUGGCAGGCUCGGUCAAGAUACCCUCCACUCUGCGCUCUGCUGCCUUUCUUGGGCUCUAAGAAGACAUUAGCUCUCUACCCUCUGCUACCAGGCCACUUGUUCUACUGUCUGGCAACAAACUACCUCUCUCCUCCUGCUGCAGAGACAUACCGCACAGUUAUGAUUCUUCAGAGAGAGGAAUGGAUUCAAGAGGGUUUGACCAAUGAGGAGGAGCUGGCUAAGCAUUGGGCGCAGAUUUGGCUCCUACCUCUUAGUAAUGCUUUGUGUUCUACAGACUGCAGCCUACAGAGCAACACUGCUACACAUCUUCUUCCCUGUACCUUGCGUGCCUUUACUGAAUCAUUUAAUUUGCUGGCUAAACAGCUUGGUGGCUGUGGCCCUCGUCAGCUGCGUGCCUGGAUCAGCAUUGUACGUGCUAAGAAAACAGUCUUGGGUGGGGUAACGGGUGUAGAAGAAAAGCUACAGUUGUGCCUGGAAUCUGCUGAUGAUGGAGUGCGUCUAAGCGCAUUUGUCUUCCUGUGCUGCAGCCCAAGAAGUAACCAACCCCCCUCCCUUGAGGAACUGCAGCUAUUGAAGAAAUAUCUCCCUUUUAACAUGGGUUGUGACAGUCCAGGCUUCCGACAGCAACUGCAGGCAGCUGUUCGCAAGGCCCUGGAAAGGCUUAGAGAUGCAGCUAUGUCAUCACUGCGCAGAGGAAAAAGUCAGGGGGAAAAUCUUUCACAGACAAUAGACUUUACAGAAUGGCUUUUUCAGCUAAGUGUGUCAUCAAUGUCUGCUGCUGGAAACUACCAACGAAGAAGCAGUUCUCUGCUCAGCCUCUGCUCUCUGCUAGAAUGCUGUACUGAUUGCUGGAGCCCUGAGAAAAAGAAAGGGCAACCCCCACAAGACUUUUCGCUAUUGCUACAGUAUGCACAGCAGAGAGGAUGCUGGAAUUUCUUGUCAACACGUAGCAUGUAUGCACUGUUGGGAUGCAUGCAGGACAGCACUAAUGAGAUCCGAGACAUGGCAUCUGACUUGCUGGUUAGAUUUUUCCUGCCUACCCCAGGUUCGGUAACUACCUCACUGUUUGAGCUUGGCCAAAAAUACCUUUGCAGCCCACGAGUACCCGUGGCAGAAGCUGGUGCUCUUAUUAUGAAAACAUUGCUACAAAGACCAGAUGCAUCGUUGCUGCUUUCAGAACAUGUACCUCUGUCUGCACUAGGGCUAGUGACGUACCUUACCAAGAUGCUUCAGGAUCACUACUGUUGUGCUCAGGAAAACCUUUUAAGAGCAGCAAGUGCAAACCCCAUGCAUGGAGUGCUCUGUGCUCUGAGGUUUUGCCUGCUGGAGGUAUCUUCUGUCUCGCUGUCCAUCUCCCAGGCUGAGCUUGCCCCUGCUUGGUGCAGUCUACUUCUGCAAUUGUUGGGUUUGUUGCAGGAGAUUACUUCCUUUAUCCUGGGCAUGUUGAACAAAACAUUGCAGGAGAAGCCAACAGGUAUAGCAGCUCCUUCAUUUGAAGAUAUGGGCAAUGCUGUCCGUAACCUUAUUGCACAUGGGAAAGGUGAGGAGGAAGUACAAGGAAAUAUUCUGCUUUCAGAGGAACACAGCCUCAUUAUGACUUGUUUCUGGGUCUCAUUAAAGGAAAUUGGAAUGUUCCUUGGUCCUCUGGUGGAGAAACUGAUCUCUGGUUCUUCUCCUCUGAUUCCCUUCUCUGCAGUACAGGGCUCUAUGGCUGCAUUUCAUGAUAUAUUCAUGAGAUGUCGGCACUGGGGGGCCGUAGAUGGCUGCAGUACAGGAUUUACCAGACUUUGUUCUGCAUUGUUUCAUCAUAAAGACCUAAAGCUGAGAGCGCUUCCAAAGGAAAUGAUGGAACAGGCAUUGUUUGUGGCUCAGUCUCAGACCACCCUCUCUGUCACUCGCAGAGCUGCUGGUUUUCCUGUUCUCUUGCAGUGUAUCCUAUCAGCUGAGGGAUCUCAACACCCACUGCUUGAAACGUGUGUAUUGUCUUUGCUAACAUUGGCUAAAAAAACACUCCCCAUCAACUGGGAUCAAACACGAGACUUGCCCCAGGUUACAGCAGUUCACGCACUGCAGAGCAUGCUGCGCUCAGCUAGCCUUCGUUCCACAAUGCUCAAUCAUGCCGUCCCCAUGAUGUCUGUGGCACUCAUCAGUCUGAGUUCUCCAUGCUGGGCUAUGCGUAAUGCUGCUUUGCAGCUUUUCACUGCUCUCACAGUUGGCGUGCUGGAGUUAUCCCGCAGUGAUACGGAUAGCACAGUGCAGAGCACACUGAAUGUCGGAGCUCUACUACGGCGAUUUCCAGGUCUGCUAGAUGUCCUGUUAAGGGAAUUGAAUAUGGCAAGAAAAAAUAAAAUGCUCCACCCCAGUUUACAUCCUAUCCUCACCCUUCUUGCCAAGCUACAACCUGGAGGAGACGCUGAUGCAAGCUGUCUUAUAGAGCCUUUAUUGGAUCUGAGAAAUAAUCCGAUCUAUGCAGUGCGUGUUGCUGCUGCUCGAGCCCUUGUGCCUGUUGUACAGGAGAAGAAUUGUUAUAACUUACUACUUCAGCUGAUACUGGAUCUUCCGCGAGGAAAUGAAGGAGUGUCUCACAACAUGUUACAUGGACAAUUGCAGCACAUAUAUGCUUUGUUAUCUUCAGUUCUAAAGGGAAAUUGUAUUUCAGAGAGUGCACAGGAGGAAGUAGCCCAGCAUCUUCUUCCAGUGUUCUGGCUUAUGUCCCCGGUUCAGAAGUGCCCACUUAUAAGGCAUGCAUUCCUGGAUGUACUGUCACUGUUGUCACCUCAUUGUGGAGAGGAUUUUGCCAGGCAAGUUCAGGCAGCUGUCUGCAAGGAGUUGAGUGCAAAGGAGCCGUUCACACAGGUAGGAUCUGAGGCUUACCAUGAGGCAUGUGUGCGGCAUCUCUGCAGUGAAGCUUCUAGCCCCGUGGGCUCCAAAGCUUCUGGUUAUGUGUGCCAUCUUCUGCUGGAUAGAGACACAGCUGUGUUCAAGUGGUUGAAUGAUCAGCAGUUAGGAUAUAUUCCCACUUCUCUGGGCCAUUCCUUCAGAGACAUAUUACAGAAUACAUUAUACACCAUGUUGGGAGAAGAUCACCAUUUAAAUCUCAGUCUGUAUUUAGAGAGCUAUGUCCAUCUGCACAGAAUCUGUCCUUCUCUCCUUGUUAACCACCCUCCGCACCCCAAGAACAUUGAGUGUACCAAUGUUCUCCUCCAACUCCUAGAGUCCAGAAAAGGAGGACCUCAGCUCCAAGGAUAUGCACUUUCCACACUCAGUCUGCUGCUGGCACAUGGUCAAGUUCUGGAUGACCUCUCCCUGGUUACCCGCUGGCUCUCCAUCCUCACAGCUUAUGCAGACCCAGCCAUUUCCUGUGAAAAAUUGCGGCUAGCUGCAGCAGAUGCACUUCAAUUGGUUGGAGUCGACCUGGUGAGACUAGCUCUCAAGUGUGGUACAUCAAAGCUUGCACAACUGGCAGUAAGAGCCAUAUUAUGUGCAGUGAAUUUGCUGCAAGAUGAGGACAGGGGUGUUAGAGAAUUUACUACAAGGUUUGCUGUGACAGCCUUGAAUCGGCCACCUGAGACAACUUUCCACAGUGACUGGGCAAUUGUGUGUCUCCUGGAACUUCUGAGAGACUUUUUCUGGGGCUAUGAGGAGACCUUUAAUGCUCUAAUACAUCAACUGCCUUCAUGUGAUCUGCAGAUUGUACUAUCCUUCCUUAAUGAAAGAUCUGUUGCUCUAUAUGAGGAGGAUAAACCCAAUAUGUUUGCAGAUCCCAAUUUCCUUUCCUCCCUCUUGCAUCCAUUGCUUUAUGACUUGAUGAGUGCCAUGUCGCGCACAGUUUCCUUGUGCUCUGUCUUGCUGCAGUGGGUGCAGUCCACAACAGAAAUGGUAAAAGAGCAGUUAAAACAAUACCACAGUUGGACAAAACAGCAUGGUUCCCUGUGUGUUUCAUGGCUUGCAGCUUCUGGAUGUUCCCAGGUACAUUCUGCUGUUUUAGGUUUGUUGAUUCGAGGAGAGCUUCUUCUCAGAGCUCAUGAAAUACUAACCCAAGUUGGCACUCCGUGUACUCUAGGCUCCCUAAGGGAGGAGCUAGUUCAGCUAAAGGAGGAACUGGCUUUACACGGCCUAGGACAUUCCAGUAUGAAGAUGAAAACUGAACUUUUCUAGAGACAUUGCCCUACAGCUACAAACUUGGGCAACUUGAAUAUAUUUAUAUUUUCAGUGUAUGUAAACCUGUUUUUCUUAAUGUUAAAAGAACACACCAAGAACCGUAAAGCCAUAAUAUAUGGCCUUCCUCUCCCAGUGAGGAUGUCCUUAAUAAUUUUAUGAUCAUUUCUAGCUCUAACAUUCCCCUUGUAAUGUAGUUACAGUACUCAUAAAUCAGAUUACAGUCUAUCUUGUCUGACAAAGAAGAAUCUUUUAUAUGGUGGAAUAAACCUUUUAUGAAGUGACCUCAUCCGUGUGCUGUACACAGCAGAGUGGACAUACGUUCAUGAGCAAGGCAUCUGAUUCAUCUGUAGACAUUAGAGGCCAUUGCAGGUCUCAAGGAUCUUUAAAAGUGAGAAAUGCCUUUUAGUAUGUAAUAUAUGUGGUGGUAUGGUCGAUCAGUAAGGAACCCCAACAAAUGUAAUGGUCUUGUGUCAUAAUAUAACUGGGUACUGACAUUUAUAGGUAAAGUUGAUCCAGGGAAAAUCCGAUUGCCUCUCGGGGGAUCAGGA